GAACGAUGGGUAACCAGAUGAGUGUUCCACAAAGAGUCCAAGAUGAAGAGCACGAAUGCAAAGCAGGCACUUACAAGGCGGCAUCGGACAGCGAGUGCAGCCAGAACGGGACGCCAGUGGUCAUAUCGGCGUGUACCGUCCAACACUGCAGUGAAGUCGAUCUGGGAAUAAGCAUCCAGAAGGAUAAUGUGGCCACUUCUUCCCCGAAGACAAUGGAGAUCGACACUGUGGCGGAUGCCAGUGGAAAGAAUCUGGGAAAAGAGGCCAAACCCGAGGCCCCAGCUGCUAAAUCUCGUUUCUUCUUGACACUCUCUCCGCUUGUACUAGGACGUACCGGAGACCAAGACACAGAUUCAUCCACUGCAGCAGCGAAGCUUGAUGUCAGCUCCAACACAGCCCUGGCGAACAAAGACCCAAGUGACAGCCCAGCCCUGCUUGGAGCAGCUGCACUGGGGCUGGCCACGGAUAAAAGCCCAGGGCUGAGCCCAGCCGGGGACCAGGCCCUCCCGGCCACCGGGGCGCAGGCUCCUCUCCCACCUGAGUCCGUGUGUGAGGCCGCCUCCAAGCGCAAGGAUUCCAGCUUUUUCGACAAAUUUUUCAAACUGGACAAGGGACGGGAAAAGGCAGAAGCUGAAGACCAGCAGGAAGCCAGGAAGGUGGAGCAUCCAGACACCAAGGCCGAGGAGGCCCCGAGAUUGUCCCGGGUGUCCCGCGGGGUCCAGACAGGGGAGGAUAUAGUUGACAGCAAGGAAACAGAAGGACAAGAAAUUGAAACCUCAAACUGUUCUGUCCCUGGGGACCCAGAAGGGCUGGAGUCUGCGAGGGAGGACUCCCCAACAGCAGGUACCACAGAGAACAAUUCCGUCAUGAGUUUCUUCAAGACUCUGGUGUCACCUAACAAAGCUGAAACAAAAAGAGACCCAGAAGACACGGCAUCCAAAGCAGAAAGUGUCUGUGAUGGACAAGCUGGUCAGAAGACGUCAGAGACCCAGGGAAAAGGCAGCAAGAAAAAGCACCUGGAGAGCCCCAGGCUAGGACUCGCCUUUAGAAAACUCUUUAGACAUCAGGGUGCUGAGAAGUCACCCAGCACUGCGGGCAACCUCAAGUCAGACAAAGCCAGCUCUACUCCCCAGGACACCCCAGGGGGAACCCAGAGCCCCAAAGGCAGCCAGGCAGGUCAGGCAGCUCCAACAGCCACUGGGGCAGCAAAGGACAGCGGCAAGAAGACGGGACCCACCUCUCUGCCCCUGGGCAAACUCUUUUGGAAAAAGUCAGUUAAAGAGGAGUCAGUCCCCACAGGUGCAGAGGAGAACGUGGUGUGUGAGUCACCAGUAGAGACUGUGAAGUCUGAGGAAGUAGAGUCAACCUUGCAAACAGUGGAUCUCAGUGAAGACAGAGAUUCUCUGCCCGAACCCGCUGAAGUAAAACGCAAAAGAGAAGAAGGCAAGCCCCGGAGGAGCUCCCUGAUGACGUUUUUCAGACAAGUGUCAGUGAAAGGGGACGGAGGGAUCGCACACUCCGAAGAAAUAAUGGGGAAAGACUCCAACAACCAAACAUCAAACUCCACGGAGAAGGCGCCCGCACCGAAGGCUACCACGCCACCAGGGCCAGAGCCCACGGGAGCAGCGCAGAGGGGAAAAGAAGCCUCCGCCAAGGACAAGAAGUCAGCAGAGGUGAACAAGCAGAAAAACAAGCAGCAAGCCAAAGAGCCUGGCCAGAGUGUGGAGCAGGCCGCAGCGGAGCCCAGCGCACUGCAGAGUGGGGACAAGGCCCAGAAGAGAGCCGAGAGGCGGCGGCAGUCCCUUGGGGGCUUCCUCAAGGGCCUGGGACCAAAGCGGAUGUCAGACGCUCAAGUGCAAACAGACCCCGUAUCCAUCGGGCCACCGGGAAAAUCCAAGUAAAGAAACCACAGGGUCCCGCCAGGCUCCGCCACAGAGCCUCUCCCCCGCUGCAUCUCCUCCCAGACAUGCUAUGUAUAUAUUUUUUCUUCUCCUGCCCGUCCAAUGAAAUUCUGCCUGCACAUUAAGCCUGAGCUGUUGUAUAUUGAGGUGUAUUAUUUACAUCUCUGGUCCAGCCUUCUGGCAAGGCACUGUAAAGAUGGGUCAGCAAGUUAACUAGUGAGGCUGGGGGAGCUGAGCACUGCCCUGCAGGGCAGGGGGAGGUAGAGGGACGCGUUUGUGUUAAGUUGCAAAACACGGCAGAGACAAGUAAGUUGCAGAAGAACAAUAUCCGCGAGGAGAAGAAUUAAGCUUUGCAGCAGAUACUCGCUCAUCCUCUCAAUCUGAAGAGAGGAGAGGGAGCUGCUUACAUUUACACCUCAAGGCUGAGGCGCCAGGGCUCCGGAUUGGGCGGUUGCCAAUUUCCUGGAAUGGAAUGUGAGAGGUAAGAGAGAAGAAGGAUCCAGCAUUGGUUUUCUAAUGGGACCCUUGAAAGUUGUUGAUGAGAGAUAGGCGAUCGACUGCAUGGGGCUUGAAAUGAUUUGGGAAAACAGCUGCUUUUGGGGGCUCAAGGAGCCCUGGGGACAAGGACUACAAUAAAAUAAAAUAAAAUAAAUUAAGUUGCAAGUUUACUUUUGCAACACAAGGGGGCGCCAAGGUCUCCGUUUUUGUCCCGUACUCUGCAACCCUAACAAAGAUUUGGUCUCUGCGAUCUUACAUUAUUAAUGUUUUCUCAGAUGGCUGAGGGGCUGGCUUCAUCUGUUCCGUCUGACACUUAUCUCAAGUCUGUCUGUAAUUUCCUAAUGCUCUCAGGAUGUGCUCUGAUAAAACCUUCCCUAUAACCCCAGUUAAUAAAAAUUUACAGAAUAUUAUUCAAACACCUGAGUUUUUUUUAAUCCUUGAACAGAGGCCCAAUUAAGACUGAGU